CUGGCCAAUAAACCUCAGCACGUUCGCAGCACUAUAAACAUUGCAACAAAAAAAAUUAAAAAAGAAUCUUACGUGUGAAAAAUUAGGGAAAGACAGCCGAGGCAUUCCAACCACCAAGCCAAGGUGGCUAAAAUGAGCCAGCGUUAAGCUCGAACGAUCGCACCAAAUAAAAAACAUUCAAUCUCUCCACUGGCUCUGCGUUCCGAGGAGGAAGUAAAUAACACAACACGUCAGAAGUGGAAGACCUGCUGAUAGACCACCGACCGAAAUUAUCGUUGGAAUUUAUUGGUCUACAUUGCCAAAACAAGACAAUGAAGGUCAACAGUUGGAUGUGCUUGCUGGUGCUGCAUCUGGCUUGGCAGAUGCGGGCUGAGGAGCUUCAGGGGCCCAACACAGAUGCCACUGGCAGCAGUACCGAAAACGGACUGAGAACUGGCACCGGAACGGGAACGGGUACAGCAACGGGUUUGGGUACGGGCACUGCCACGCCCACGCUGCCCAACGAGCCCUCCACUCAGGCAGAGGCCGAGGAUGUGACCACGGCAGAGUCAGAGUCAAGGACUCCAGCCGAAAGCAACGAGCGCAAGGCGGGCAAGCCCAAGGACUCGACUGAGGCUUCACCAAGGACAAAGGUCAUGCCUGCUGCCCUGCUUGAACGGCUCUGGAACGAUAGUCUAAUGAGGCAGCAAAAGCUGAAGGCCGAGAUCGAGCGAAUCGAAGCUAAACGUCAGCCCACUGAGGUGGUGGAACUGACUCCGGAGCAAAUUGAAGCUCAAACCAUGUACGAUAACGCCAUGGACAUGCUGGCCAAACCGCACACGGACAAGCGAGUGGCCUUCACCUUGCUGAAAAAGGCUGCUGCCUUCAAUCAUCUCAAGGCUCGGGCGGAACUAGCAUGGGCCGUCCUUCUGGGUCAUUGGAUUGACUUUGAUUUCAACCACGCUGCUGAUGAGUUCGAGAGUCUGGCCAACGAGGGUGUUCCAGAGGCACACAUGGGACUGGGAUUCCUCUAUUCGGCGGGCGUGGGUGGCAAGAACGUGAGCCAACCGCUCGCCCUAAUCCACUACACGAUGGCCGCUCUUGGCGACAACACUCUGGCCCAGAUGGCCAUAGGUUAUCGUUAUCUGUACGGCAUCAAUGUGCCCAUCAGCUGCGAAAAAGCGCUGAUUCAGUACAAGCGAGUAGCCAAGAAGGUAGCCUCCAAGAUCACUUUUGCUAACGGUCCAGUUGUGCAUCGCGUGCGAUUGCUAGACGAGCUGGAAAACCCCGGCAGCCAUGAAACUGAGAUUGUGGACUAUUACCAACUGCUAGCCGACAAAGGAGACGUCCAGUCACAGGUUGGAUUGGGCCAGCUGUAUUACCAGGGCGGCAAGGCCACUGAGCAAGAUCACCAGAAGGCUUUGGAGUACUUUACCCAGGCGGCUAAUGCAGGCAAUGCGAUUGGCUUCGCUUUUCUGGGCAAGCUUUAUCUCGAGGGAAGUGAGCAAAUCAAGGCAGAUAAUGAAACCGCAUUAAAGUACUUCUCCAAGGCCGCUGAAAUGGGUGAUCCAGUGGGUCAGAGCGGAUUGGGUCUCAUGUACCUGAAGGGUUUGGGUGUGCCGAAGGAUUCCAUCAAGGCUUUGUCUUACUUCACGCAGGCUGCCGAUCAAGGAUGGGUGGAUGGACAACUGCAGUUGGGAAACAUGUAUUUCACUGGCAAUGGCGUAAAAACAGACUACAAACUGGCCCUCAAGUAUUUUAACCUGGCUACCCAAUCAGGCCAUGUUUUAGCUUACUAUAAUCUAGGAGUGAUGAAUGCUUAUGGCAUGGGAAUGCUACGUUCGUGUCCAGCGGCGGUAGAAUUCUUCAAGACCGUCUCAGAACGAGGACGCUGGAGCAGCCGACUGAUGCACGCCUACAGUGAUUAUAAGAAGAACCGCAUCGACGAGGCUUAUAUGCAAUAUUCGCUGAUGGCUGAAGUCGGCUACGAAGUGGCCCAGAGCAAUGCCGCCUUUUUACUCGAUCGCGAGGAGGUGCAUGUGUUUAACGAUCGACACGAAGAUUUGAUUCGCGCCUUUUACUACUGGAAACGGGCAGCCGGACAGGGUUACUCCGCAGCCCAAGUAAAGCUGGGCGACUACUAUUAUUACGGCUGGGGCACGUCCACGGACUUCGAGACUGCCGCCGCUCUUUACAGGAAAGCUUCAGAGCAGCAGUAUAAUGCGCAGGCUAUGUUCAACCUGGGCUACAUGCACGAACAGGGGCUGGGCAUGAAGAAAGACUGGCAUCUGGCUAAGAGAUUAUAUGAUUUGGCAGCCGAGACCAACUCGGAUGCCAAGGUCCCGGUGGCUAUUGCACUUUUCAAGCUGCAAAUACUGGCUAAAAUUGAAUCAAUAAAGGAAUCACCUUACAGGUUUAUCUUCUACAUGGAUGAAAAUAUCGCUGCCAAUUGGGAUUUGUACAUGAUAACCUUCUUAACUCUUCUUUUGGGUAUCAUUAUGUAUAUGAGACGCCCGGUUCAGCAACAGGAUCAGCCGGCCCAGCAGCCAGCUGCAGAUGACAUUGCUGCCGCGCCGGUCAAUCUGGCGCCAGUGGGGGCUGAAGCAGCAGCUGCAGCCGGAGUAGUCGACGGUGAGGUCGCAGUGGGCGCCGCGACCACAGCCUCCGUUGCCACUCCUGCGGCUACUACGUCCUCCUCUGCGCGAACGACUGCAGCCAAUGCUGGUGCAGCGUCACCGGGCGGCAGUAGCUCAACAUCUGCGGCGCCGGAUGGCGCCAACACACUCGAUCCUACUGACUAGUCUUAGUGAAUUGGUUAAUCAUCCCUCUAGGUUAAUUAGUGUGCGUGUAAAUAUUUAUCAUCUAAUUUCGCCCGAUUUAAUAUUUUUUAAUAAUUCUGAAACCGACCUUUUUAGAUAUUUAAAAAAUAUCCUACUCAGAUCAGAUUGUAAAUGUUGUACUGAUAAACCAAUGAAUCGAUCGACAUUUGAUACAUA